AUGGCGGCGACAGUGUCGCCCUAUCCACACAGCUGGUCAAAGAGUUUUGCGCACUGGUGGAACACAUCGACAACAUCGAGCGCGUCUGCCGAAGAAGCACUGCUACGGCGAGGCUUAGAGCCUUCCAUUCCACUCUACAUCGCUCCGAGCUCUCCUAUCGCUGCGAAUGCUUCCGAAGCACAGUCGGACCGCAAAGCGGGAUCAUCAGGCAAGCUAGCAAUCUCGCGCAGCGUGCAAUUGGACGAUCGGCACAAGCACCAACGACUUAAUUUGGUCGAGAUCGGUACACCGGAACGUGAUGCCAAAGAACAUCCUGUCAUAGUAUUGCACGGCUACGGAGGCGGUCUGGCUUACUACUGGCAGAAUCUGCACGCCAUGGCUGCGCAGGACGACGUGAGAUUGUAUCUAGUCGACUGGCUAGGCAUGGGUCGAUCUGGACGGCCCUCUUUUCCCCGCAUCAAAGCAAAGGGUGAUCCUCGUACACCUGCCAAUGUGCGGUCACGCGUCCAACAAGCCGAGGAAUUUUUCGUCGAGUCGCUCGAGAUGCUCAGGCAAAAGGAAAAGAUCGAGAAAUUCACGCUUGUCGGUCAUUCGCUCGGCGGGUACAUGUCGAUCGCCUAUGCACUCAAGUAUCCCGAGAAGGUGUCCAAGCUCGUCCUUGUCUCGCCUGUCGGUAUACCCGAAUCACCUUACGAAAGCGAUCCCUACGAUGAUCCUGCACCGUCGCAAGCGAACUUGGAACGAAUCACACAAGCAGAGUUCAAGCAGAGUCAGAUAGACAUGCAACGAGGUAGUCAGCCUGACGAAGCAGAAGCGAAGAAACUACCCAGACCGAAUGCGUGGUGGGCAUGGUUAUGGGAACGAAACGUCUCGCCCUUUCAGAUCGUUAGAUUGUCCACUUUCUUGGGUCCUGCCCUCGUCUCUCGCUAUGCCACCCGUCGGUACGCUGCAUUCGAUACACCUGUUCAGCGAGAGCUGUAUGCAUACCUAUACGAGAUCUGUCGCGAAAAGGGCUCGGGAGAGUAUGCCCUUGCGCAUAUCCUCAGCCCGGGCGCGUACGCUCGAUGGCCGAUGGUCAAGCGAGUCAACAGCCUCAACAUGCCGAUGACGUUUAUCUAUGGCGAGCACGAUUGGAUGGAUCCCAAAGGCGGCGAGGAUAUCUUGGCCGCCAUUCGCGCAAAACCGGACAGCGCGGCAGUCAAGCUACAGAAGCUGAGGUCCAAGCAGAAGAUCAACCAGCAUUCUGGUCAUUGGGUCUUUCUAGACAAUCCGAAAGGAUUCGACAAGAUCCUUGCGGCAGAGCUGAGGGAAGCAGUGCAGGAUGCUAAGCUCUAG